ACUAAGUUUUUUUCUGCCAUGGAACCUCAGAGUAUAGUAGUUAUCCAAGAUUCAACUAGAGAAGUGAAUUUGAGAAUUUUUGAAUGGGCUCUAAAUAGUUUCUUACUCAGGGCAAGAGAUAAGCUCACCUUAGCUAUAGUCUUGCAUGAAGUUAUCACUCCAAUGGGUUACAAAAGCAGGGUGGACAGUAAUAAUAUGAUUGGAGCAAAUCAAAGGGUGAUUGAAGAAGAAGUUAAUAACAAGAAGAAAAAGUAUUUAAAAGAUGAGGGACUUAUUAAGAUUUUCAACCUUUAUCAAUCAAAAAAGGUUGAGUUUAACAUAGAAGUAGCUAUAGGAACUUCACCUAGGGAUGUUGCUCUGAAAAUUUCCAAGAAGAUGAACGCAACAUGGUUGAUAUUAGACAGGAAGAUGAAAAAUGAUGGAGAUUAUUUCCUCAAUAAACUUUCUUGCGGUAUAUCAAGAAUAAGGCGUCACAAUAGGAUUAUGCAUUUAAGAGGACGACCUGCUCUCCAUCAAAAUAAUCAAGAUCACACCCAUGAUAGCAUACCAGUCAGCAUGCCAGACAGCGUACCAGAAAGUACACCAGAUGAACCAUUUUAUCGUCCAAAGAUCAAUCCUGACGAAGCAGAGUGCUCAAACCGAGGAGAAGAUAGUGAAGAGACAAGUUGUGCUCCACUGCACUUUGCUAGCAUAAUCACCAAGAAGCCAUUGAAAGGCAAAUUGAGAAGAGCCGGUGACCUAAAAAUGAUAUCCACUCUUGGUGGUAGCAAAAGUACUAUGGAGGAUCAGGAGAGUUCAGAGUUCCUAUCAUAUUGUGGAGCUAAGAGCUUUUAUCAUGGAAGGGCUGAAGAAUAUCAAGUAUGUGAACAAGUUUUCCAUUUUUGGUAAUUAGCACUUUAGCACAGGUAUUGUCACAAUCUAUCCUCGGUAUCAUGUGGAUUUGGAGCAAAACUAUAUAUCAAAUGAUAUGAAAAGAUGUAAUUUAAA